GAAGUGAUGCUUUGUAGUGGUGAAGUUAAAUAUUUGCUUUACUAGAAAAGGCUAACUUCCUCUUUUCAUAUCCUUAAUUCUAAAGCAGCGUAUAGUGAAGCGGACAUAAAAACGUGUCUGAAAUAGUUUUACAAAAAACUAUUUGCAUAAAAGACAUUCUAAAACGGUCUGAAAAAUUAUUACCUAACUACAGCAUGUAAAUCUAUGUACACAUGCUCUGUAGGACUGGUCUGUAGGGAUGGUUCCCUUAAAUCAUGCUGCUGAAAAAAGAGACACGAUUUUGUAAGUUUCAAUCAGGCUAUUCAGUUUCACUACCUCUUGUGACUCACUGUUUGCAUGUUUGAAUUCUGUUUGUUUUCCUUUAUUAUGACUACUGCCAAACUGCAGUUUGCGUGCGUAAGAGGAGCAGAUACAAUGGGAGUCAGGAUGAGACUCUUGGGAGCAAAGGAGUCCAUCAUUCUUUUUAUAUUGAUUUUGGCUCAGGGCUUUGAGUACUCUAGGACAUGUAAAUGUGAUCAGCAAUAUUUUUGCAAUUGCGCCUCAAAUCAUCUCCAACAGGUCCCAAAGGUUCCAGCGAAUGCUCUUGGCCUUGACCUGUCUUUCAAUCAGAUUGAGUCUAUUAACAUAAAUGAUCUCAGCCCUUAUAGUGAGCUGAAAACCCUAAAUUUGCACAAGAACAAGCUCAGUUUUAUACACAAGGAGGCAUUCAAAUCUCAAUGUAAUCUGAAAGUUCUUGAUCUGUCCUUAAACAACCUGAACAAACUGUUUUCGUCUUGGUUCCAUGAGCUAAAAUCUCUUCAGCAUUUGAACCUUGUUGGAAACCCUUACUCCACCUUGGGACCCGCUUCCAUCUUCCAGUCUCUUGUUAACUUGAGGACGCUGCAAUUUGGUAGUCCUUCGCUGAGGGUGGUUCACAAGAAUGGCUUAGAUGGGCUCACUCAUCUGGACGAGAUGACAUUUAUUGGCAGUAACCUGAGGUCGUAUGAGAGCGGGAGCUUGAAAGCAGCCCGUCCCAUCGGUUCAGUCUCUUUGAGCCUUCAGAAUCUGUUUCAGAACGAUCCAGAACUUGUCUCUAAGGUUCUUCAAGAUGUCUCCCACCCUGAAACUCUGCUGACUAUCAAAGACGCCACACUCAGAACGAACACUUCAACUGAACCCUUCAAAGCGGCGAAAGAAGGUGGGACUAAAAGCUUGAGUUUCCAAAAUGUAACCACAAGCGAUGAAGCGAUCACCUCUUUAUUGCAGGUCAUGAAUGGUUCUCCUUUGUCUUAUAUUGGUCUCACAGAUGUACACUUAAUCGGUCAAGGGUGGUGGCAGAAAGCUUCAUACACACAUUAUGAAAACUUAUAUACGGCCUACAUACGUAAUCUUGACAUCCAAGGAUUCUUUGAGUUUAGUAGCAUGAUGCAGUUGGGAUUUCUCCUGAUGCAUCUCCAUAAGGUGUCUGUGAUCAACGGCACAGUGUUUGUCAUUCCUCAACAAACAACUCCUCUGUUGAAAAAUCUUGAAUACUUGGACCUUAGUCAAAAUCUCCUGUCAGACCUGACAAUUGAACCGACCUUAUUUACAGGUUUGGGCUCAUAUCAAAACCUCAACACCCUUAAUGUGAGCCAGAACAUUUUAAAAUCUCUUGGGCUGAUGUCUCGGUUGGUAACUAACCUUAAGAGGCUCAUAUAUUUAGACUUAAGUCAUAAUAGUUUUGUUUCUAUGCCAGAAAAGUGUAGCUGGCCAGCGACUCUUAGGUUUCUGAACCUUUCCAGCACAAAGCUACGUACGAUGACCGCUUGCCUGCCUUCUACCUUGACGGUUCUGGAUCUCAGCGAAAAUGAUCUGACGGCGUUCAUCCAAAGAUUUACUCAACUUACUACACUUAUAUUGACAGGAAACCGAUUUAUGAAACUUCCACAGGGGGAAUUAUUUCCGAGGCUACAUAUGUUGCUUAUCCAAAGGAACGCCUUGCGGAUGUUCAACGAGAGCUCUUUGAGGAGUUUUACAAACCUGCAAUACUUGGAGGCGGGUAACAACAAUUUUGUGUGCUCCUGCGAGUUUGUAUCUUUCUUCAAACAAGAUGUUGACCGUUUCAUCACACUACUGGAUGAUCGUUGCAAUUAUGUGUGCGACACUCCAUUUACUCUCAGAGGUGAUGCUAUUGAAAGUGUCAGAUUGUCAGUCUUCGAGUGUUAUAUGAUCCCUGCUGUCUCAGUGCUUUGUUCUGUGAUUAUCAUAGUGCUUGGACUUAUUGCUGUCACCUGCCAUAAGCUUCACGUUAUAUGGUACCUGCAGAUGACUAAAGCAUGGAUACAAGCCAAACGAAAACCUGCAGUUGGUCGACUUUCCGAAGAGCUCCGCUAUGAUGCUUUUGUAUCCUACAGUCAACAUGACGCUGAGUGGGUCGAGGAGAUCCUUGUUCCAGAGCUGGAGAGCUCUCAGCCUUCAUUCGCCCUGUGUUUGCACAAACGGGACUUCCGGCCGGGCCGUUGGAUUGUGGACAACAUAAUCGACUCGAUUGAGAAGAGCCAUCGGACUCUCUUUGUUCUGUCUGAGCACUUUGUUACCAGCGAAUGGUGUCGCUACGAGCUGGACUUCUCACAUUUCCGCAUAGUCGAUGAGCACAAUGACUCCGCUGUCCUAGUACUUCUAGAGCCGAUCAAGAAGGAGACCAUUCCCAAGCGUUUCUGCAAGCUGCGGAAGAUUAUGAACUCCAGGACGUAUCUGGAGUGGCCCGAGGAUGAGGAAAAGAGAGGCGAGUUCUGGAGCAAUCUGAGAGCCGCCUUACAGAGGGAUUAAUGUUGACGCCUCAUGAAGGCUUGCCAGGUUUGUGUGACAAACACAGCCCAAUCAAAACUAGCCCAAUAAAACUGGCCCAAUGCCAGAACUUAAUGUCUCUAGGAUGCAUUUUCAGAUUUAGUUUUAUUUGUAGGCCUACUGAAUCCAUUGUUGUUAUUGUUAACUAAAACUAUUAAUUGAAAUGAAGCUGAAAUAAAAGAUAAAUAUUAGAUGAAAAAUGACACAAGGGUUAGUUCACCCAAAAAUGUAAUUUCUGUCAUUAAUUACUAACCUAAUGUUUUUCCAAACCCGCAAGACCUUUGUUCAUCUUCAGAACACAAAUUAAGAUAUUUUUAGUGAAAUCCGAGAGACAACGUGACUGCAGUGGUUCAACCUUAAUGUUAUGAAGUGACGAGAAUACUUUUUGUGCGCCAAAAAAAAAAAAGUAUUCUUGUUGCUUAAUAUUAAGGUUGAACCACUGUAGUCACAUGGACUAUUUUAACAAUGUCUACAGGGCCUUGAAAGUUGCUGCCUAUGGGUGGAUCAGAAACCUCUCAGAACCUCUCAAAAAUCUUAUGGGUCUUACGGGUUUGGAAUGAUAUGAGGGUGAGUAAUUAAUGACAGAAAUGUAUGAACUAACCCUUUAAUGAAAAUUAGAAAUGAUGCCUUGGCAACUAAAUAUAACAUUGCUGUAUAAUGUAAUAUAAUAUUUGCGAAGUUUAAAACAUGUCACAUUAAUUAAAAUGACAACAUGGAUAAGAGCAUCUGCUAAAUGCUUUAAAAUGUAAAAGUCCUGCUCUUACUUCAUACAUUGUUACUUGAGUAUUGCACAUGACUAACACCGCUGUGAAUGCACAUGGUUUGAGGAACAAUAUUAAUAGUUAGCACAACAAAUAUUAACAUUCCAGGCCAUGUGUUAUCAGUAGAACGUGUUUGUGUAACGUGAGCUGAAACAAUGGAAGGUUAUCUAAAUUUUUUUUAAUGUACUGUAAUGGAUAACUGUUUAUCUCCAGUAUCAUUUCAGCCAUUAUCAGUUCAGCCAUUUUCUGUUACUUGGUAAGUAAUUUUUUUUAGAUUGAAUUAUACGCUAAUGUAUAUGAGAGUGAGCCUUUACAGUGAAAUGUAUAGCAACAAUGAACUGCUAUAGAAUCAAAUACUGAACCUAUUUUCUUCUGAUGAUAUCCUUUUAUUCACAUAAUGAUAUUUUAGACUUAGAAGGUCUUUGCAUGUUGUAUGUAUACUUUGGCUGAGGAACUGCUCUAGAUGUAGCUUUACUGGCUCAAACCAUAGGUCCAUAGAUAUAACACCUGUCCUAACCCCAUUUUCAGAAAAGUUAUAAAAUGCAGUUAAAUCAAUAAUCUGUGAUUUGUUAAUUCUCUUUAAGCUUUAACUGACAAAAGGACAAAAGAAAAGAUUUCCAAUAUUAUAUAUUUUGUAAAUAUAAAUAAUUUUUGAUUUGAUGGCUACAACACACUCCAAAAGAGUUGGGACAAAAGCAUGUUUACCACUGUGUCACAUCACCUUUCCUUUUAAUUACACUUUUUAAUCAUUUGGGAAUUGAAGAUACUAAUUGUUGCAGUUUUGCAAAGAGGAAUGUUUGCCCAGUCAUGCCUGAUUCAAGACAGCUGCUCAACAGUUUGGUCAUCAUUGUCUGAUUCUCCUUUUCAUGAUGUGCCAUACAUUUUCAAUAAGAGUCAUAUCUGGACUGCAGGCAGGCAAAGUACAUCCACUCUGUAGAGUGUCUACUAAACCACUCUGUUGUAGCACGUGCAGAAUGAGGCCUGACAUUGUCUUGCUUCCAAGGAAAGAUGUCAUCUUGAUGGCAGUAUAUGUCUCUGUACAAUCCCAAUAUACGCCUCCAUGUAAAUGGUACCUUCACAUAUAUGCAAGUCACCCAUGCUAUUUGCACUGAUGUACUGUACCCCUAUACCAUGACAGAUGUUUGCUUUUGCACCUGUCGCUGAUGAAAGUAUGGAUGGUCUCUGAGAACUCAAUGUCCGUUUUUCCCCAAAACUAGCUGAAACGUGGACUCAUUUGACCACAGCACACAUUUCCACUGUCUUUUGGACUCGGAGAACUCGGCAGCAUCUCUGUAUAGAACUGAUGUAUAGCUUUCUUCUUGUGUAACAGAGAUUCAAGUGGCAUUUCUUGAUGCAGAAAUGCAAUGGUUUUCCAUAGUAUUCCCGAGCCCAUGUGGCUAUAUUUAAAGGAAUUAGUUCACUUCUGAAUGAAAAUUUCCUGAUAAUUUAAUAACCCCCAUGUCAUCCAAGAUGUUAUUGUCUUUCUUUCUUCAGUCGAAAUGAAAUUAAGGUUGAGGAAAACAUUCCAGGAUUUUUAUAGUGGACUUCAGUGGGGCUCAACGGGUUGAAGGUCCAAAUUGCAGUUUCAGUGCAGCUUCAAAGCGCUUCACACGAUCCCAGACGAGGAAUAAGGGUCUUGUCUAGUGAAACGAUCGGUCAAUUAAAAAAAAAAAAAUAUAUAUAUUCUUUUUAACCACAAAUGCUCGUCUUGCACUGCGAUGCACCACGCAUUACGUUAGAAAGGUCACCUGUGACGUAGGCAGAAGUAUCGCGGUAGGGGGGAAAACUUCAUCUAAGUUUCUGCUCCAACUUCAAAAUCGUCCGAUAUCAUACCGUUUUACCUUUUUUUUGUAAAGGGCAUUUGGCUUUCCUGGAAUGUUUUCCUCAAAAACCUUAAUUUCUUUUUGACUGAAGAACGAAAGUCAAGAACAUCUUGGAUGACGUGGUGGUGAGUAAAUUAUCAGGAAAUUUUCACUCAGAAUAGGAACUAAUCCUUUAAUAGAGCAGCAUGAUGAAUUCUCAUGCAGAACUUCAAAGGUCACGCACAUUCAGCGGAGGUCUACUGCCUUGCCCCACACGGACUGAGAUUUCACUAAAUUCCCUAAAUCUUUUCACAGUAUUAUGUAUGUUAGAUGGUGACAAACCUAACGUUUUUGCAGUCUUGCAUUGAGAAGUGUGAUUUUUUUUAAUUGUUUGACAAUUCUCUCAUGAAAUUUGGCACAAAGUGAUGAGCCAUGACUCAUCUUUGCUUGCAAAGACUGAGGCUUUGGAUGCUCCUUUAUACCCAAUAAUGUUACCCUCACCUUAUUACCAAUUCACUUGCUUAUUGUGGACGUUUCAAAACAGUUUAAUUUGGAUAUUCUGUAAUCUUUUCACUUUUAUUUUGCCUUUGUCCCAACUUUUUUGGAGUGUGUUGCAGCCAUCAAAAUCAAAAUUUGUUUAUAUUUACAAAAUACAAUUAAGUUGGUCAGUGGAAAUCUUUUCUUUGUACCUUUAUCAGUUAAAUAGCGGUUCAAGAGAAUCACAGAAUUUUAUUGCAUUUUACAAAAUGUCGUAACUUUUCUGGCCAUGGGGAUGUAAAAAUGAUAUUUUCAAAUAAAUUAUUUAUAUUGAUAAAUAAUUUUUAAUUUAAAGCUGCUCAAUAACAUUCUAACACAUGAUUGUCUAUAGGUUAUGGAUGAGUAGUUCCUUUGAGAUGUUUCUGUAAUAUAUGUAUUGAAAUAAUUUUAUCAACAGAAGCCAUUAAUUCAAGUAACAUGUCAUAAAAAGUACUGAAACCAAGUUGUAGUAAUUGCUUGUAAGAGGAAAACGUGGCUUUUUUUAAGAUUUCUUUUUUUAAGCAAUCUGUUUUUCAGAUCUCUUUUUCAGUAAAUCUCAUGAUUUGCUAAAAAAAAAAUGACAGCUUUUAAAUAGCAUUUUAUGGUUUUUGGCGCCACCUGUUGGAUAUUUUAAGAUUUUAAAUGGAGUUUACAAUUUGAAGGAAUUAAUUUCUAGCGUGAACUCAUAUCUGAUCAGUGAAUAUACUGGUGAGGUGGGAAAGACCAGAUGAGAGUGUUUUGGGUUUUGUCACCUGUUAUUUCACUAUUUCUCUAAUGGUCUCACAAUAAAUCCUGCUUGUUCUCACAAUGAAACCCAAACCAGGGCAUAUUUGUCCAAUGAUUUGGAAGUGUAGAAAUCACAAGAUCUUCAUCUUGUACCUGCGUGGAGCUCAGCAGAUGGUGGAUGACUGUAUCAAAUGCUUUUGUUGCCAAUUCAAGUGAUUCAAAGAAAAGGUUUUGGUACAGUGGUGAUUGGAUAGGGUCGUACAUAUUGUUGUCAAAGAAUAAACUGUAACCUUGGACUAAAUACUGCAUGUUUAAAUAAUGUAAUCACAGUCGGUGUCCUUAUCAUUAAACUCACCGGUGACCCUUAGUGGGUUCAUCAGCAAGCUAAUUAGUGAACAA